UGGGAUCACGCACACCAGUCAUUGCGCUCUGCACGCGUUUUACCUGUCUGACCAGUCAACCUCAGAUUUCAAUUUAAAACUUGAAAAAAAAUAAAUACAUUAUAAAUAGUUAAAAUAAAAAAUAAAAUUACUAAUUAAUUUACAAAUUUAAAAAAUCAUUUUUAAACAAUUUUUUGUUUAAUAAAAUUUUGAAAUAUGUCGAUUGCUCGUGUCAUUUGUUUGACAGCACUUUUUGUGCUUUUAAUUACUGUUUAUGUCAAUGCAGUUCCAGUACAGAUUCGUGGUGAAAAUGACGUUGUCUAUGCUGAUCCUGCAGUAGUCGAAGCUCUGGCUCGAUCCUACGCAGCACUUGCUGAAGCACGUGAUAUCAAUUUUCAAGACGGACCAUUUGCAAGACAAUCACGUCGUGGUUUGGAUUCUUUGUCAGGUGCAACAUUUGGACAAAAUAAAAGAUUCGAUUCAAGAAAUUCGAAAUGGCUUGGAAAUGUGAAUCAUGUUGAGUUACUUGAUGGAACUGCGAAGCGAAAUAUGGAUGAAAUUGAUCGUUCAGGAUUUGACAAUUAUAUGAAGAGAAAUUUUGAUGAAAUUGAUCGUGCUGGGUGGGACAGUUUUGUCAAGAGAAGCAUGGGAAAUUCUUAUCCUCAAACAAGGCAACACUAAUAACCUGGUAAAUCAUAUAAUCCAGUGACUCACUGAUUAAUUCUCAAAAUAGAUUAUUUAAAAAAAAAAAAAAAACAACAUUAAACUCACCGAUUUAGAUAUAAAUUUUGAUGAUUUUUAAAAAUAUUUUAUUGCGUUCUGAUGAUAAAUCAAUGCCAUAAUUUUUCUUCUAUUUAGUUUAUUUUUUUUUCUCCAUCUGACGGGGAAAAAAUAUAUAUAUAUAUUUGUGUAUAAAUAACAUAGUACUUAAUAAUUAUUUUUAAUUUGUUUAAAUAUAUAUUUAAAAAUUUUAAAUAAAUAUUUGUAUAGAUAUUUAAUGUUAUAUUUAAAAAAAAAAUGUCUAUUUGAUUCAAGUUAUAAAAUUUUAAAAGAAGAUUUUUUUUUGUUAAAUUUAUUUUUAAAUUAUAAAUUAAAAUUAUUUAAUUAAUUAGUAAAUUUAUAAUAAAAAAAAUAAAAUGGUAAAUAUGUAUUUGUAAUCUACCAAUGACCAAAUUUAAAUUUAACUUUUUUGUAAAUUUUUAUUUUAAUUAGAACUGUAAUUAAAAAAUAUUAACAGUUCAUUAAAAAUUUAUAAUUAAUUUUGUUUAAUAAAUGAGUUAAAUAUUCAAAAUCAAUUUCAAAAAAAUUUCCAUUUUACAUAAUUAGUUUAAAUAUUAUUUGUAAAUAAUUAUUUAAAUUUAUAAAUUUAUUUAUCAUUUUUAAUUGAUUAAAAAUUAAAUUGAAUAUCAAAUUUUUUUAUCUGUUUGAUCAUUGGUAGAACGUGUUUCAAUUCUGAUCUCGUUACCCUAUAAAUAAUCUCUCUGUCAAUUGAUUAAAUGUCUUUAAAAAAAACUAGAUUUAAUAUACGAAAAAAGUAAGAAUAUUAAAAAAUACUCAAAGAAGAUAUUAUAUGUAAAAAAAAAAAUACAAUUGUGUACCUGCACGUUACUUGAAAUUCCGUCGAAUAUGCAGUCGAUUCUUAUUUUUAUCUAAUUGUCCUUUUGAAAUAUGUAACAUGUUGUCAAAAAAAAAUAAAAAAUAAACAAUACGCCAAAUAAAAAUUUCAGUGAAGAAUAAA